AUGUCCUCUGACGAUGUGCCGUUCGAUGCCGCGGAGACACAAGCAUCACGCAAGUGGUGGAGUGGCACCGACGAUUUAAGCCUACUCACGCAAGUCAGCAACGACCUGCCAUUUAAGCAUGUAAAGAACUCUUCCAAGGCAUGGGACCACCUUGCCGUCAAGCUGCUCGACGUUCCAGGAUUUGGACGGGCAGGCAUUGACGGCAAAACGGCAUCGACGCGGUUCUAUCAGUUGGACGAGACUGGUAAGAUUCAACUCUCGGACGAGCUUGUCCAGCUCUCAGAUGACACGCUGGAGCAACGGCAAGUGGACAAAGCUGCUGCGCAAGCCAAGACUACUGAAAAUUCCGCUGUGGCCUACAUCCGUGACCAAGUAAUGCGUCGUGGGCCCCGUAAAGCGGUGGAUGGUGAUGAGUCUACGGACAGUGACGUUGUUUCUCGCAAGCGAAAGGCAAUUUUCGAUGCCCAGGAUCGAGAGCUCGAGCUUGAGCGUGAAAGGCUCAACUUUGAGAAGUUCAAGUAUGAAAAGAAACUUGAACAGCGAGAAAAGGGCCGUGUUGAACGCGUUCAGCAACGCGAAGACGAACGAAAGCGCAAUGAAGGCAUGAUGGCCCUGAUCCAGCAGCUAAUUGAGAUGAAAAAGCCAUAG